AUGGCAUUUAAUACAGGUGGUACUGGUUUUUCAUUUGGUGGGUUUGGUAAUAACAACCCUCCCACCCAAUCUACCGGUUCUUCGCUAUUUGGAAACAAUGCACCCAAACCUGCAUUUGGAGCUUCGACUAGCGGCGGCAACGCUUUUGGUUCAUUCGGCAAUAACAAUAACAACAGUAACACAAAUACUUCUGGAGGCGGUCUUUUUGGUGGAAGCACUGGUGGAUUUGGGGCAAGUAACACAGGUGCUGGAUUUGGUGCUAAUACCAAUACCAACACUGGCUCAUCUUUUGGCUCUAAUAACACUGGCUCAGCCUUUGGUGCUUCCAAUAACCCUGGUUCAACCUUUGGCACAAAUAAUACAGGCUCAGCCUUUGGCUCUUCGAACAAUACAACUUCAGGAUUUGGAUUGAAUAAUAACACUUCGGCAUUUGGUUCUAACAACAAUACAACUUCAGCCUUUGGUUCAAAUAACAACACUGGUUCAGCAUUUGGAUCAAAUACCAAUACGGGCUCAGCAUUUGGAUCAAACAAUAAUACCAACUCGUUAUUUGGUGCUAAUAAUAUUAAUAAUAAUGCAAAUACUAAUACGGGUUCUACGUUUGGUGGAUUUGGGUCUUCUACAAAUAAUAACACUACCUCAACUUUUGGAAGUGGAUUUGGUGCCAAUAAUAACAAUAAUAACACUACGACAUCAACAGGGUUUGGAUUGGGAUUUGGUACAAACAACACAAAUACUACCUCUACUGGCGGAUCAUUAUUUGGAAAUAUUAACAACACAAACAAUACGGCUGCACCAUCGACCGGUGGUCUUUUUGGGAGUAAGCCUGCGACUGGUGGUGGUCUUUUUGGUUCUAACAAUACCAAUACAUCAAAUUCUGGAACCACCAAUACACUUUUUGGAAACGCCAAUGCCUCUUCAACUACUGCUAGUUCAACAGGAAGUACCUUGUUUGGAAGCAAUAACGCUACUAAUACUUCAACAGGGACUUCUUUGUUUGGUGCAAAGCCAGCAGCAACGGCUGGUGGUCUUUUUGGUAAUACCAACAACACAUCUACAAUUGCGCCAGCUUCCGGUGGCCUUUUUGGAGCCAGCACAACUGGUGCUACAAACACAAAUACUACUGGUGGCGGCCUUUUUGGUUCUAGCACAACUAGUGCUUCCACUGGCUUUAAAUUUGGAGGAAGCACAGCUACAGCUACUACUGCUCCAACCUUUGGUGGUUUGGGCGGCACGUCUAUUCUCAAUAAUACCAACAACAAUGCAGCUGCAACAAAUACAGCUAAUCCCAACUUCACGCCUCUUUCACAGAUUACCAGCUCGACACGAACGAGCGAUCUUCCAGAGCAAGCACAACGCGAAUUACUGGCAAUGGAGAUGUAUAUUCGGUCUGAAGGCCAAGCAGCAGAGGAUCUCAAGGCUCGCCAUGAGGGGUUAGAAACUAAGGUAAUGUCUGUCCCUCAAGACUGUGAGCUUGUUUCUCGCAAAUUAACAACAACAAUUGAGGCUCUCAAAUACGAUGAAACUGUUCUUUCCCGGCUGCGUGCCGAAUCAGAUGGUGCAGCCCAAGAUUCGGACACAUGCUUCAAUCUCUUUGGCCAUUUGCGAAUUCCAUCUUCAUCAUCAGGAGCUGCUGCUGCCGCUGCUGCCGCUGCUGCCGCUGCUGCACAACUUGGUGGAGGGGUCAGCAGUUUGCGGGCUUCUGUGUAUGGAGGAAGUGUGAUGGGGGCCAAUGGUCCUGCAAGAAACGUGGGUUCCGGAUCAUCUUCUAAUAACAUUUCUAGCGGUACUGUUGGAACAGCUAGCAGCGCUAGUGGUGAUGCUUUAGUGCCAUAUUUUGAGCGUAAGCUUGAAGAAUUUAUGUUGCGGUUGCAGGAAUACGCAGCCAUUAUUCAAGAGGCUGAGAAUGGAAUUGAAAGCAUCCAGCAGGAAGCAUCGGAGGGUUUCCGUAAUGUUCAAAACAUUAUCGCAGCGUUACAAGAGGAAUAUCUUUUCUUCAUGGGUCUUGGUAACCGCGUUGCUGAACUUCAUCAUAAUGUUGGACGUCUUGAUUCGAGUUCCAAAAAAUUUUAA